AUGGCUCGGCCUGAAGCGAUAACCAAUAUAAAUGACCAGCAGACGUCAAGUGCUACCCCACUUCUCAUGGCGCCCUCAGCCAACCAUGACGCGGAACAAGUCACCAUGGGGUUCUCUGAGGCUAUCAAACUCGAUGCUUUGGGUCCGAUGGUAGUGAAUAGUGAUGGAACCUUAUCGAGGAUUGCAAACUGGGAGAAGAUGUCAAAGGAGGAGAAAGACAGGACCAUACGUGUCGUUGCUGCUCGGAACAGGUGUGUUCAACUGUGCCGGAAGCGGCGAGCCGUAUGUGUGAACGCUUGA